AUGUACUCGCGCAGCGCUCGCGGGGUGAACAAACUGGCCAGGAUCUUGCGAUGGAACCGCCAGCGCUCGCCAUGGAUGAUCAAAAUGUCUUCGCUCAGGAAAUCGUCGAAGAUCUCUCGCAAUAGGAACAGCGUGUCGUUCUUGCCCGGCAGCCGAAGCGCGAACGGUUUGCCAUCGCGCUGCAGACUGUGCUCAGCCACCCACUCGUGGUGUCGAUCGACGUUUCGCGCUAACUCGACGGUGUUCCCGAGCAGCGGAAUCCAUGACGGCAAGUACGGCACUCGACCGGCCUUACUCGACUCGCUCUUGGAGCUCCACGUACAUGUGUAG